AGGGCGCAGGGCACUUGUCUGGGUUAUGCCCUAUCAGGCACCUACUUAACACGGGGUGAUUAAAAGGCUGAGAGGGGCCAGGGAAAAGGUUUCGCAAAGAGCAGCGAUGAAGAGGAAACUGGCACUCUCCGAGAUGCAGUUGGUUCUUCUCGUUUUAUCGGUGUGGCUACCAACAAGAUCAGUGCUGGCUGACUCCUUGGAAGACGAAGCUAAGAAUAACAUCACCAUAUUUACAAGAAUUCUAGACAGACUUCUGGAUGGUUAUGAUAAUCGUCUCAGACCUGGAUUAGGAGACAGUAUUACUGAAGUCUUCACUAACAUCUAUGUGACCAGUUUUGGACCUGUUUCAGAUACUGAUAUGGAAUACACGAUAGAUGUUUUCUUCCGUCAGAGAUGGAAGGAUGAAAGAUUAAAGUUUAAGGGCCCGAUGAACAUUCUUCGAUUGAACAACUUAAUGGCCAGCAAAAUCUGGACCCCAGAUACAUUUUUUCACAAUGGAAAGAAGUCAGUGGCUCACAACAUGACAAUGCCAAACAAACUUCUACGAAUCCAAGAUGAUGGGACUCUCUUGUACACCAUGAGGCUUACAGUCCAAGCUGAAUGUCCAAUGCACUUGGAGGACUUCCCUAUGGAUGCUCACUCAUGCCCACUGAAAUUUGGCAGCUAUGCAUACACAACUUCAGAAGUGACGUACAUUUGGACUUACAAUGCUUCAGAUUCAGUGCAAGUGGCACCGGAUGGUUCAAGAUUGAAUCAGUAUGAUCUUUUAGGCCAAACAAUUGGAAAAGAGACAGUUAAAUCAAGUACAGGUGAAUAUACAGUAAUGACAGCUCAUUUUCACUUGAAGAGAAAAAUUGGUUAUUUUGUCAUUCAGACUUAUCUCCCCUGUAUCAUGACUGUCAUUCUCUCUCAAGUGUCAUUCUGGCUGAACAGAGAGUCUGUACCUGCCAGGACAGUCUUUGGAGUAACAACUGUGUUGACAAUGACAACACUGAGCAUCAGUGCUCGAAAUUCACUCCCCAAAGUAGCAUAUGCAACAGCUAUGGAUUGGUUUAUUGCUGUUUGUUAUGCAUUUGUAUUCUCUGCAUUAAUUGAAUUCGCAACUGUAAACUAUUUUACAAAACGAGGAUGGGCCUGGGAUGGAAAAAGUGUAGUGAAUGAUAAGAAAAAAGAAAAAGCGUCUGUCAUUAAGAAAAACAAUGCCUAUGCAGUGGCUGUUGCCAACUAUGCUCCAAAUAUUACCAAGGACUCAGUGCUACCAACCAUCUCCAAGAGCGCUACAACUGCAGAACCCAACAAGGCAAAACCAGAAGCGAAGCCACAGGAAGCAAAGAAGACAUUCAACAGUGUCAGCAAAAUUGACAGAAUGUCUAGAAUAGUGUUUCCAGUCUUAUUUGGUACUUUUAAUUUAGUCUAUUGGGCUACAUAUUUAAACAGGGAGCCUGUCUUACUGGGCUUUGCGCCAUCAACCUAAAAGUUGAAUUGCACUGAGGACUUAAAGCAUCAUUCUAAUCAGAUAGGUUGUUUGCUAUGUACAGUACGACUAAUAACUGCUAAUCUGUGAACCAUUAUGUACAGAGUGUAUAUAGAUAUCUGUGUAUCUCCAAAGGAGGGACACAGUGUAAAUUCAUGGGUCUGUAAACAGAUGGCACCCAUGGCAAAUAUAGCCAGCUGUUCAAAAGUUAUACCCAGGGGAGUUCUGUUAAACUAGGAUUCAAAUAUACAGAAUUAUAUUCUCUCCAUACAAUGAAAUGAAGAGAUGAUCCUACAUAAUUAUUUAGGAACAGUAUUUUUUUAAUUUAAAGUUAAAAUAUUUUUCUAUAAAGUAACUAAUUCUACUUUAAUGAAAGAAACUGUCAUUUAGAAAAGUGAUUUUUUUAAAAAGGUGCAAUUGUUUCAUACAAUAGCAGUUCCCAUGUACAUAACAGAAUACGGAGGUCAUACGGUUCUACUGUUGACAAACAUUCUGGAUACCAGUUAGGCUGAAGAGGUAGUAAAGACUACUCUAUGGCAAAAGCCACAAGUUUCUUACUUCUAUCCUGUUUGAAGUUGUUAAUAAACUCUUCUAAUUGAUUUCAGGGAAAAGCAAGUGUUAAUGAAUUUUCCAAUAUCAACCAACUUCCACGAGUGAAACUCUUAUUCUUUUCACUUUUUUUUUUUUUUUUUUUAUGUUGCUAACCCAAGUUGUCUGGUUUGGCAAAGUUGGAUUUCUUUGCUUUUUGUUUUUGUUCUUAAUUGGAUUAUUUUCAGGUUCAAAAAAGCACUCAGAAUUUUUUCAGGGUUAAGUAUAUCACUAAUAUAUUAUUUUUCCUUGCUUACUGUUACCCUAAAACCUGCCAUUAAAAUAUUUACCUGUAUUUCUCCCACAAAGCAGUCUUUUCAAGGGAAACAAGAACCAUUAUUUAAGUUCAGGAUAUUGUCCAUACAAUAAAAUUUACUGCUGCUUUUGUAAAUUGCAACUUUACAUUUCGCUGACAUAACUUUACAAAAACUUUGUAUACUAGAAAUGGUUUUGCUAAGAUUUGGAUGUUAUUUUUUUAAUAAAAGGUCAUGCAUCAUCUGUAGGUAUCAGCUGUAUUUCGUAUACACAAAUAUAACAAAAUUGGAGCUGCCAUUUGCAAUUUUAUAUGAACAUUUAAUACUGAUCAGUAAAAUUGUUUUUCAUCUGAGCCUUUGCAAAGAUUCUUUAUGCCCCGAAAGGCCUGGUAAAUCAUGACAUAAGUAAUAAUUGCGUAUUGUAUUUAGAUUUUAGUAUACUUGGCCAAUCAAAAAUAUUUUGAUUCACACAUACAUUAGCAGUUAUUAGUUGACCUUUAAAAAAAGAUACACCUUUAUGAUGAUGUCUUCUAGUACAGACAUAUGUAGUCGUAUAGUGUCAUUUAUUGCAGUUUUGUACAGUACUUGAGUAUAGUGCAUAAAAUAGGUAUGUUCAGAGUUUAACAAAGUUGUACAAAUAUUUCUAAAAUCAAAUAAAAGAAUAUCUUAAGACAUGGAAAUGUGCUAAAAACACAGAGAAACACUGCUUUUAUUUGCUGGUUUAUUUUCUUGCUUUUUCUUUGCUUUCAAUGUGAUUCUGUUUGUACUUUGUGUGACAGUAUAGAUGCCAAGGUCACAAAUGCAUAUUAUGAAUAGAAUUAAUAGCUAAGACAGAGUUGACAUCAGUAAAAUAAAGAUAUUGCAUAAGUUAUAAAUGAAAGGGAGAAGCAUGGACAAAGUGCGUAUCCCUUGAAGUCCCUCUUCUUAAACUGUCAGAUUAAACCGUCCUCAUCAACAGUAGUUAAAAAAUGAGCACUUUACUCAGAACAUUAAAAUUGAAAUAUCCUUAUUUUCAUAUAUAUUUAUAUAUAAAUGUCGAUCUUCCAUGUAACAUGGAGGUGUGUGCAAUAGUGUGAUUAUGAGCAUAAGGCUGGAAGGCAAGCAAUAAAAAAAAGGUUUUUUCAUGGUAUAAUUAUACAUUUUUAAAAUGUUUCAUUUGUAAAUUAUAAAUUAUCCCUUUAAUGUCACAUUGUCUAGGUAUGAAUAAAUAUAUAAAUAUGUACAUAUGUACAAAUAAUUGUAAAUAUUAGGACUGUAGAAAAAAACCCUUUACUUUUAACUCUGUUUUUGGCAAAGGGCUCUGGCUGUAUAGUUUAAUGGAGGCCCAUGCUAAACUGCUCUUGGACUUGAGUAGCUCGAUUAUGUUUUCUGUAGCUGAGGUUUCCUUCCUGUGACCUAGUGGGAGUUCUUACUUUCUCUUUGCAUCAGCAAGAUUUAGGGAGUCUCUGAACCUCACUGGUCUCAGAUAUGAGAAACAGGUUUGUGUUUCACCCUUGGCCACAUCCCAGGUCCUCAAAACCCUUUAAAAUGUUUAAACAAUGUUGUGUAUUGCUCCAUGCAUGACACUGUAUAGUCAGAACUCUCCCCACUACCAACAUGAGUGUGCUCAGAGCUAUGUUGGAUUGCUUGAUAAGGAAGGAUUUUGCAUCCUUAUCCAUGAAUGGGACCCCUCAAAUGUUUUUAACAGUACAAGUCUCCUCCAACAAGACUUCUUCACUGGAAGAUAACAUCUGUAUAAUUCAGAGCUGCAUGCAAACAAUAUAUCUUCAGUUUGCACGAGAAGGCCGAUGAUGUCCCUUGUUAGUCAGCUCUGCUGCUACUGCUUUUAUUUGGUACAACUAUGUUUCCAUCCAUUGACCAUUUUCUCUACUCUUGUGUUAUGCUUAGAGUCAGACAAAAAAAAAAACAGGUGUUUUUCACAUGCUAAAGGUACUGUCAUGACACACAAAUACAAAAAAAUAAGCAUAAUAGAUAAAUACACUUAUUGAAACCCAAUACAUUUUAAAUAUCCACAAGCAGUUAUUGUGGACAUCAGCAAGGCUUUUGAAUGAAUACACUCCAGAAAAGUUUCACUUUUACAUUUAGUACGGUUGGUCUGUGUUGAAGCCAACUCUUUCUGUGGGAGGAAGGAGUCUGCUUUAUUGUUUCUCUACUGAAACAUUUCUAGUGAGUAAACUGUCUACACAUAAGUUGCAAAUUUGUGAAACUAACAACUGGCUAAGUGAAUUUGAAUGUAAACAUUUAACUGAAUGCAAGCAUUACACAAGAAACACCAGAAUACAAGAGUUAGGCCUUCUUUCCUUUUAACAGUAUAGAAUCUGUGUCUGGAAUUUUAAAGCUGGUCUCACAAAUGUCCUGAAUAUCUAGAAGUUUCUUUUAAUUUGAGUAAAACUUGCUGAUCUUAAAUACUUAAAGUGGGAAGAGAGAGCAUGAGUGAGCAAACACAACUUGCUUUGCUAUCAAAGACUUGCACAUGGAGUCCACCAGUGAAAUUUUUGCUUUGCUUAACAUGUUAAUCUAAUUUAUUUUUCCAAUUUUUAUUGGGUCAGGGUGUCAUAUUUUCUGUGACUUAAGAAAUGAAUAUAAUAAAUACAAUGAUAUAACACUGUGGUAAACUUGGAUUGGAAUUACCAUAAUUCCGAACAAGGUUUAUGAAACAGGUUUCCAGUGUAGUACUGGAGCACAUACUUCUGGAUGCAUGUGGUCAGUAAUUUAACAGUAAUUUAUAAAUCAGCAUGAAGAAUAUAGAGAUCAGCAGGGUUUAUCAGCCAGGGUUGCCUGCUGGAGACUUCUUAACAGAUUGCUUUAAAAAGAGUGGCUUCCAAACUUCUCAAUUACCUUGUAGCCAAUGAAAUUAUCUUCACCUUCAUGUCUGGGUUAAUUCAACUUGUAACUGCUGCGUUGUGGAGCAUCUUAAAAAAAUAUUAUGGUAGAUGUUCUGAGAGAGGAGCUUUAACUUGGGAGACUACUCAUACCACCAAACAUUAUGCUAAGUUAUGGAGCUAGUCUGCCUCUAUAGUCAUGGGAGAGAGCUUCAUGAGACAUCAUAAAGAAGCCUUACUGAAUCACCCUCCCUUCCCAGCAAUUAUAGAUAACACAUGCAGUGGUGAGACUUUAAAAUGCAAUGACCGUGAACAGCCUUCCUGAAAGCAACUAGAAGCAGCUGUGAGGAGGUAGGGAUGUAUGGCAGAGGAAAGAGAAGAAGAAAAUGGCUUUGUUACCCUGUCAGUGGAACAAGGAAGAGGCCUUUGAAGGAGGUAAUGUGUGUUUUGGUUUCAGCUUCAGUUCUGAGCCUUCGUUACCAUAUAUGAAUUGUAGGAAAGUAACUUUUAGGGCUAAUAGAAUUGAAAUAUUUCUUGCAUAAUUCUGCUGAAAUUGAGGGACGUGAGUUGUGCCUUUCAAACUAAGAGGCUUCUGCUGACUGAUCUGUGAAAACCUUGCAAUGUUGUGUGCUUCCUGUAGCAUGGGCCAUCUAUGGUGGAGGGGGGAAAGAAGCUUCAGAAAUUAAGUAGAACUUUGUUAGUUCCAUGUUGUGUUUCCUUAAGAGGUGUAACUUUCACUUAAGCGUAGAUAGUCAGCGUCCAUCCUCCAUACCUCUCAUUCCUAUUCUGAAAGCGUAGGGCUGCACAAGUUGUUGCUUUGGCCUUUCACAAAAUAGAUGAAGUCCAUGCUUCUGAACAUUUCCAUUCCUAACAAAUUUGCAUGAAAGAUGAUUUCAGUAUGGAUAUGAAGCUAACAUCAGUCUAUACCCCAUUAUGUGUAGACACAUAAUGCUAAAAUUUAGAAAGCAAUGCAAUGGGUUUUAAAGCAGAGGAAGAAAACUUCUGAAAAUAAGCCAAGACAGCUUAACAGCUUCAUUUAAAAAGAAAAAAACAAACAGCAUGAUAAAUGUACAAGUGUCUAAAGAAAUCUAAAUUUAAUGUGUGAGUGUGGUAUGAUUUGGUGUCAUAAAUAAAGUAUUUGUCUUAAAUACUUCAAAACAUUGAAGUAAUUAAGUGAAUUUAUGUGAAAGUCAGCUCAUAUUUCAGCCUCCAGUAAAGUGAGUGGUUCUUCAGAAAACACAGUUUUAGGAUUCCUUCCACCAGUGUACCUUCUGCUAGAAUGCUGUCAGUUUGUCAUAUAACUUUGAGUAUCUCUUUAACGCUACCUUCUUUUAUUUACUAUUUUCUUUUAGUCAAGGAGAUGUCCUCUGCCUCAUUUCUGUAGAUAACCAAAAUUCCCUGACAAACAGAACUACUAAUCCUAUUCUGAAUCCAAUUAUUAAUUGCAGCCAUUUGAGAAUCAGUGAGUGAUUUGUCACUUUAGACCUUUAGUAGUAGAAGCUGAAGGCUCAAUAAUUUAUUUCAAUUAAUGGCAGAUGUUAAUCACAUAAGUUUUUUCUCUAAACGAUUUAAUUUUUCAGCUUCAGGUCUUUCUAAGUGAAUCCUUGAACUCAUAUUUUGGAGGCUGUGAUUGUUUCUUACUGGAAGAAGCUAAACUUUGAGGGCUUGACCUCUCUGAGAUCAGUGCAAAAUUUGCACUGAAUUUAAAAUAAAACUGCUUAGCAUCCUCAGGAUAUUCAUCUAUGUCACUGAAGUCAGUAAGGAUUUUUUACAGAUAGAGAGUACACCUAAGUUGCUUAGUUCUUUAAUCCAUGAAAAUGAGCCCCUAAAGGAAGAGCCAACCAUACUGAAAUGAAGGACUUGAUAUCUGUUUCUUUCCUGCUAGAUAUUAAUGCCUUUUAAGAAUACUGUGAAAGUGCUGUGAGUUAGGAGUAGGUGAUAACACUCACAAAAAGGAAUUUGGAGGAUGUUUUAAAAUAUGCAAGAUGAUAUAUACUCUUUCUCUAGUGUUGAUGUCUACAUAAAGAUAUAUGAAUAUAUUUUUUAUUUUUGGAUGAUUUAAAAGUUAUAUUUUUCAUUUAAAAUUUUAAUUCCUUAUAUAAUGUGAAUAUUUCACUUAAUUAAGUGACCUGGAGUGUAUCUUUAUGUGCUCAAGGUUGCUAAUGAUUGCACUGAGUGCUUUCAUUCAUCUAAUAUUCAAUGAGGUGAGCUUCCACAGGUUGAAGUAUUAUAUUUGUUUGCCAGUACUUCAUCCAACUAUCUAUGCUAUUGAGGAUGGAUGGAAAUAGAGAAUGAACAAGAUAUUGCUUUGAUCAAUUGCUUUUGAUAUUCUUUAUUAGAUGUUCAUUUUGGCUGAAUUUAUCAGUUUAUAGGCUACUGUAGCUUUGCAUUAGCACGGAAUGCAAUGUAGUACUUUACAUCUAUUAGAAUACAUAUGUACAAUAUGCACCGUAUCUAUAAACUGUUAAAAAAUCAGUUCCCAAACAGCACCUCUUCACCCUCUGCCCUCUGAAUAGUCACUUUAUUAGGAAACAUUUGAAGGCACUUUAAUAUUAAUUGAAGUGAUUACACUAAAUCUUGUUAUAUUCGAUUAAAAAAAAAAAUAGUAAAGAUAAUAUGGAGUCUGAUUCAGACAUUGUUAGCAAUUUCUCAGCUGGCUGGGUGACGAAUCUACUUUGGUGAGUCACUUGGGCAUGAAAAUGUAUAAGAGUUUGGAAAUAGAUGCUUCCAGUGUAUUAAAAAGAAAUAAGGAAACAGGAAGAAUGGAACCAAUAAUUUUAAAGAAAACUAAACAUCAGUCAAAUAUGCACAGUAAGAAACUGCAUGAUAAAUAUAAGUAUACUUAACCUUGAACAUCAGCAUCAUAUAAAAUCUUCUGGGUGACAGUUCACUUAUUUAGUAGGUUUCAUAGUUAUAAAUAAUUAAAGAGGAUAAUAAUAUUCUGUAAUUUGUGACCUUGUUUUAACUGGAAAAAGUUGUUACUUUUCUAAAAUGUAAAAGAAAUUACUGGAUUUAUGUUUGAAUGUGUCACUGCUUGCUGUUGAAGAAUAUUGAUUAAUCACAUGCAAAAUAUUGCUUAACAUUAUCUUUUUGUACUUCUUAUUAAAGUUAAUUUAAAUAUA